AACUAUAUCGAGACAACUUCUAUCGAUGCGGUCCCUAUGUUUUGAUUGACUGACCACCUACAUACAAGAUAAUCCACGCCGGAACCGUUAACUAUCAGUUAGCCAUCAUCAUCACUAUGCUCUUCAUUGGUUUGACAGGUUCGAUUGCCACUGGCAAAUCAACCGUGUCUUCCAUCCUUUCCUCGCCGCCUCACUCACUACCAAUCAUCGAUGCAGAUAUACUAGCGCGCAAAGUUGUAGAGCCUGGAACCAGUGGCUAUAAAGCCAUCGUGAAGCACUUCGGCCCUACGACGCCGGACUUGCUAGUUCCUGUCUCCGAGUCUAUGCCUGCCGAUGGCCCAGACGGCAAAGGCAGACCACUGAACAGACCGGCGCUGGGUAGACGUGUCUUCGGCAACAGCGAAGAGCGCAAGAAAGACCGAGAUGUUCUAAAUCACAUUGUGCACCCAGCUGUGAGAAAGGAGGUGUACAGGUCCAUCUUUCUAAAUUACGUGAAAGGUCAUUGGGCCGUCGUCUUGGACGUACCAUUACUCUUCGAAAGCGGCUGGGAUAGGCUGUCCGGCGUGGUGAUGGUAGUAGCUGUCAGAGACCCCGAGGUGCAAAUGAAAAGACUUAGACAACGUGACCGCCAUCUAAGCCGAGAAGACGCGCAGAAUCGCGUUCUAAGCCAGACGGACGUGAGGUUGAAAGCGAAGAGAUGCGAGGCAAGGGGGAAGGGGAAGGGAGUAGUUAUAUGGAACGACGGUUCGAAGGAAGAACUAAAAACUAAUAUAGAUGCCGCUCUCGCAGAAAUUAGAAAGAGCAGUCCUCCGUGGUGGAAUUGGAUAUGUCUCCUCGUUCCCCCGGUUGGUGUUGCUGCAGGCGCGUGGGUGUACUGGCAAAAUAUUCGCGCCAACAAGAAGUGGAAAGAGAUGGAGUUGGAUGAGAAGUCAAAGUUAUAAUUAUGAGUCUCACAUGGCGAUUUUUUAAGUAUACGCGAAUUUGAUUACUUUAUUGGAAUACUACAGGUGUUGCGCUUAUACACAUUACAUGUACAUGCAAUAUCAUAUCGGAUAUACAUAAUGCAUGCAUGUUGUUGUUGCCGUGGAUAAUCGAUAAUCGAGUGGAAAGGGCGACGCGACGUGAGGAAACACUCUUCAUUCACCACCAGGGAAACAGGGACUUGCCCAAAUCAUUCGCGAUUCCCUUUUUUAUCUUAGGCAGUCUACGUACCCAGAUAUGGCUAACUUCCAAAAUCCCACUUCAGUUUCUAGGUUA